AUGGGACCCAGCAUCCUUGUGCUCCUGUGUGUUAUUGGGCUCGGCCACGGGGCCUCGGAGAAGAUUUAUAACGGCACGGAGUGCGACCCUCACUCGCAGCCCUGGCAGGUGGGGCUGUUUGAAGGUGCCAACCUGCGCUGUGGGGGCGUCCUCAUUGACCGGAGGUGGGUCCUCACGGCUGCCCACUGCAGCGGCAGCAGGUACUGGGUGCGCCUGGGGGAGCACAGCCUCAGCCACCUGGACUGGACCGAGCAGAUCCGGCGAAGCUACUUCUCCGUGACCCACCCCGGCUACGAGGGCCCGCAGAGGAGCCAUGAGCACGAUCUGCGGCUCCUGAGGCUGGGCACCCCCGCCCGCCUGACCCGCAGCGUCCAGCCCCUGGCCCUGCCCACCUCCUGCGCCGCCGCUGGCACCGAGUGCCACAUCUCCGGCUGGGGCACCACCAACCGGCCGUGGAGCCCAUUUCCAGACAAGCUGCAGUGCCUCAACAUCUCCAUCGUCUCCAGCACCAUUUGCCGAGCAGUGUUCCCCGGGAGAAUCACAGACAACAUGGUGUGUGCGGGCGGCAACAUGGGAAAGGAUGCCUGCCAGGGUGACUCCGGCGGCCCCCUGGUGUGCGGAGGCGUCCUUCAGGGCCUGGUGUCCUGGGGGUCCGUGGGGCCCUGCGGCCAAGAAGGCAUCCCAGGGGUCUACACCAACAUCUGCAAAUAUGUGGACUGGAUCCUGGGGGUCAUCAAGGACAACUGA